AUGAUAUGGGAUAUAUUCUUACCCAUGGUAAUGGUGGGGCCGAAGAUCAAGACGCUUCUGUUCAUGAAUGCAAUGGUACUUAUCCUGGUCUUCCAUUUUCUUCCAACGAUUAUAGAGGAAAGGAGACUGAGUAAAAAAGUGGAGGGAAUGAAGAGAAGGUUCAACCUGAUGCUCAGGGAAGGAAAUGAGAGCGAGGAAAAGCUUAGGAUGCUGAAAGCAUUGAUAAACAAUGCAAGGCAUUACAAAUACGGAGACAUACCGCUUGAAGGAUCUGUGGAGGAGGUUAGAAAGGCUUAUGAUGAACUAAGGAUAUGUAACGGGCCAGUUUUCCUAAGGCUUUCGAGCAUAUACAACAUUUCUAUUUUUUUUCCUGUGUUUACACCUGUGCUCAUACAAAGCAUAAAGAUUCUAAAGCACAAGACCUGCUGA